AUCUUUUCAAUUACUAAUAAUUUAAAUAAUGAAUUUAUAUUCCCCCCAAAAUCAAGGAAAUGUAGGGUUUUGUAACUCCCAUUCGUAAAUUCAAAUUAAUGCUCACAUCACAUAUACAUUCACGCAGGUGAUAUGUUAUGCUCCUGGCCUGAAUUCUUAGCUCUCUUCUACCGAUCUACUAUGGGUUGUUUGUUUGGUUGCUUUCAGCUCAGAGACGAUCGUCGCCGUCCGUCUCAUCUCGUCUCGCAAUCACACCCGUCGAUUGCCGCUGAGCCUGUGUUGAAUCGAAGUCGUAAAAGGCUUGGAGCUCUGUUGCGAGAGAAUGAUGGUUCUGAAGAGAGAGGUGGUUCUGUAUACGAUGAGAAGAAACUUGAUGUUGCGAAGAGUGUUGAGCAGGAUUUCGACGUUGAAGGACUCAGAGAUGAGGCCAAGUUCCUAAAAGCAUGUGGUGCCUUACCUGCAACUCCUGCUGAGAUUCGGAAAUCAGAACAGUCACUCCCGAAUCACGAUUCAGAGGACUCUAAGUUUCAUUCUUGGCUUCCUGAUGCUUCCUUUCAGAAGCUGAAUCUGGAUAUGCAAUGUAAUCAAUCUCCUAUGCCUGCAAACCGAUAUGAUGGAUGGGUGACUGGAUCAGAUUCUUUAGAUUGUACUCCCAGCAGUUGUAUAACGAGUGGACAAAAUCCAAUGUGGGGUUCUGCUAGUACUAGUGAUGCUACUGAUACAGCUAACUCUGGCAUGGGCAUUCAGGUUCAUGGUGAUCAGACCACUUUCGAUCAAAAAAGAAACAAGUCCAUGCAGUUCCACUGCCAUUCGGAUGAGUCUUCAAUUUCAUCGAAAGGCUAUUCUGAAGUUUCUUGCCCAAGCUUAAACCGAUCAGAAUUAGUUGGUACUGAAAGUUUAUCAAGAUCACCUUACCCAACCCCCUUGCAACUAAGUGAUGAUAUGCAAACUCCUGGAACUGUUUUCCCUUCAUAUAUACAUGAUAUGGAAAAUGGAAAAAAUCCCAGGAUAAGGUCUCAGUAUGUCCACUCACUUUUGAACCCUGUUGAAAAUUCUUCACAAUGGAACAUGCUUAAGGAAGAAGACUCUGAGUCCAGUCAACUGUCAUCUAGCCUCACAGAAUCACUAGAGCAAGGUGAUAAAACAACUCAUCAAGAAGUAGGAAUGAUGCCAGAAUCUGUUGAGAAAGAUACAAAGGUGGAUGAAAGCUUAUCUUCUUGGCUGAAACCAGUUAAUAAAAAUGGUAAUAAUCAGCGGACUGUAUCCUUUGCUAGUGAAAAGGUUUAUUAUGGCAAAAACCUUGGAGACCGUCCUAUCAUUGGGAUGGUUGCUGCCCACUGGAAUGAAGAAGAACCUCCUCGUGUCGAACCAAAAUGGUGGGAUGGAAAUGGAAUCCCAAAUUCUACUACCAAGUACAAAGAGGAUCAAAAAGUAAGUUGGCACGCGACACCUUUUGAAGAAAGAUUAGAAAAGGCUUUGUCUGAAGAGUCUUCCAUCACCCAGAGGAAAACUCGUAGUGGGACGCCAGUAAAGUUCAAUGAAAAGGAGGAGUGUGAUACUGCUAUAUCUCAGAUCAAAUCUUCAACUCAUUUCAACUCGGUGGUUUCAUGCUAAUGUAUGAGUUUUAUGUACCGUAUCCGACCAUUCUGCUGAAUGACUUUUGUGAUUUGGUUAAUUCAGAUCUUCUGCUCUGGAUUUAGAUUGCAGUGUGUGAACAUUUAUGAUGAUAUUGUAACAAAUUCUGAACUGUUUUGCUCGCUUGACGUUGCUGUUUCUGGAGCAUGAACAAUAGUACUUUCUACUGUAAAUAAGUUAGAAUUCAUUGGGCUGGGAAUCAUUAUUGCCUUUCAAAUGAUAUAUUCUUAAGAUGGUUCUGUACAAUCAUUAAACGGUAAUGUCUUUAUCCCUA